GCUUGCUCGUCACAUGUUCGCUGUUCGUCAAGUAGACCGAUUGUGCACAGAUCCCCCGACCAGCGGACAAUUUCCACAGCAUUGUGCAACCGUUAAUUGAAAAGGCAUUUGCAACUUUAAUUCGUUUUUGUCCACAGAACAGGUGUAUGUGAGUGUGUGUGCCAGUGCAGGCAUUAUCGAGUAUCGCGCCCUUGCCCUUUCCACCCGCCACCCGCAACCCGCAACCCGCAAAUCGUCCACCGUUUACCGAUCUAAUCCGGCCGACCGUAACGUUCUGGAAGCUUUCGACAAGCGAUCCGAUCGGUAACCAAAAAACGCGUGGUCUCCGUCAAACUGUAUGAAAUAAUCAGCAGCAAAAAAUACAGCGAGGCAAAAAAAGAGGUAAAGGGGUAAAGCAACAACGACAAGAACAGCUAGACAAGAACCAAAAGGAAGACGCAGUUGAAUAAAAGGUGUGCAAGUGUUUGUGUCCGCGAGUGAAGUGUGUUUGUGUUUGUGUGCCAGUGCCAGUGCCAGUGCACAAAGAAAGCAAAAAAACAGCAAUAACACAUUAAUGAAUUUCGUGAUUAAAAACAUUUCAAAGGUACAACAAAAGCUCAUUUAAUAUAAAAAUAAGAAGGCAACGAGGCAAAAGCAAGCGAAAAAAAAACCAAACAGAAAUUAAAUCAAAUCGCGGCGCGGCGCCAACAACAAACGUGGCAAAAAACUAAACAGAAACGAAACAAAAGCUCUGCGGCCCGCAACCAAAACGAAAACGAAAACACAAUCGAGAGCGGAGAGCGGUGAGCAGCGCGAGUGAGUGAGUGGGAGAGAUAGUGGGAACAAGAGCAGAAGAACGCGAGAAAAAGCACCAGCAGAAGCAACGGAGCAACGGUUAUACAAAAGCAAAAACCAAGCCAGAACCCAACACCAAAGUCAAUUGCGCACGAAACCCGACGAACCAUACAACCAGUUGGCAAUACGGAAAAAGUUAACUAAUCGAAAAUAUACAAUCCAUACGGUAUAUACCCAACAUCGAGCGAUAGAAGUACCAGAAAAUGGUCAACAAAUCCAAUGGGAAGGUAGUGGGGCAGCAGAAGGCGGACAAGGAUAAGGAAAGGCAGCCAGAGACAAUGCUGCCGGCGGCGGGCACCAACAGCAACAAUCAGACGACACAGAUCAACAACAACAACAACAACAAUAGCAACAACAACAACAAUAGCAACAAAGGGAAAAAUCAAAAUGUCAAGAACAACAACAAUAACAGCAAAAAGAAUCCUGGCAACAACAAAGGACAACAGCAACAGCAGAAGAGCACCAAAAAGGGAAAGCCCCAGAGGCAACAGAUCUUCCUGCAGUCGCUACCACGCGACACCAGCAACUACAGAAGCUACAACCACAGCAACAGCACCAGCAACAAUAACAACAGUAGCAACAUUCUGGUCACAACUGCAACAACCGACAAUGGGGUGACCAAAGUGAAUCCCGCCGAGCUUCUGACCGCCGCCCUGGCCGUGCCCUGUGCCAAGUGCUCGAAGCCAUCGAUGAUCACCCCCCUAACGUCCACCUCCGCAUCCCCCAAUGCCGUCUCCACCGCCUCCAUUGUCAGUUCAUCGGCCUCGACCACCUCCAAUUCGGAGACCGCGAGCAAUCACAGCGAGCUGAGCUUCCCCGAGCCGAUGGUCUACUCGGCCAAGCAGUACCGCAAAUCGAAAUCCUACAUGGGCGUCUCACAGUACAACAGCUCCGGCUACGGCUCCUAUCAGAACUCCUCGGGUCGGAAUGGAUCCGGAAAUCAUGCCACCUACAGACGCUCGCACAGCGAUCGGCGCAACUCCUUUGACCGGACAUUCGCCGAAAGGAAUCGCGACUUUGUGCCCAUUGUGCCACCGCCGCGACCCGUCCUCUCGUCCUCGAACAUUGCCGGAGUCAUGGCCAGUUCCACCAAGCUAACGCUCAUCGAACGGUUCGGCAAAGGACGACUCGCGUAUCCCAUAAUGCAGUGCGGGACACUAGACGGAGCCGAACAGGUAUAUCAUCAGCAGCGCAGCAACAGAAUGGACGUCUACCAGAUCGACGAUGGAUUCCACUCAGACGGCGGCACCGAGACACCGCCGCCGUCGCCCAGCUCGGGCUCCUCGAUAGCCUCGACCUCGGACCACGGAUCGCUGGAGAGCGUGGACACCGGGGGAACACAGCGCCUGGCUGUCCUCUCGUUCGAGCAGGUGAGCAAGCUGCACGACGUGAUGGACGAGAAGGUGGCCAUACAUGGACGCGGCAACUUCCCCACACUGGAGGUGACGCUCAAGGACCUGGUCAACCUGGUGCGCCGCAAGCUGGAGGCGGAGGUGAACGCCGGCGGGGCCGGGGUCUUAGUUAAGGACAUCCGCCUGAACGGUGGGGCAGCUAGUCAUGUUUUAGCCAGCGAGGAUCAGCCAUACAAUGACCUGGACCUGAUAUUUGCCAUCGAGCUGAGUACGCCGCGCGUCUUCGACCGCGUCAAGGUGGCCGUGCUCAACACUCUGCUCGACCUGAUGCCCGAGGGCGUCUGCAAGCGUCGCAUCUACACGUGCUCCCUCAAGGAGGCCUAUGUGGGCAAGAUGGUCAAGGUUAACAACAACAAUGACGGCGACCGCUGGUCCCUCAUCUCGCUGGGCAACUCGCCGGGCCACAAGAACGUGGAGCUGAAGUUCGUCGACUCGAUGCGGCGCCAGUUCGAGUUCUCCGUGGACUCGUUCCAGAUCGUGCUCGACUCGCUGCUCCUGUUCUACGACUGUGCCGCCCUACCCAUCUCCGAGAACUUCUACCCGACGGUGGUGGGCGAGUCCGUGUACGGGGACUUCCAGGAGGCGCUCUACCACUUGCAGAAGAAACUGAUCUCAACGCGCCAGCCAGAGGAGAUCCGCGGCGGCGGCCUGCUCAAGUACUGCAACCUCCUGGUGCGCAACUACAAGGCCGUCGACUCGCAGCUGAUCAAGACACUGGAGCGGUACAUGUGCUCGCGCUUCUUCAUCGAUUUCCCGGACAUCAACACGCAGACCACAAAGCUGGAGGCCUACUUGCGCAACCACUUCUGGGGCGUCGACGAGGAGCCCCUCCAGUAUCAGUACCUGAUGCAUUUACGCGAGGUGGUCGAGAUGUCGACGGUCUGCCUGAUGAGCCACGAGCGGCGACAGACGCUGCACCUCAUCCAGUCGCUGGCCGCCCAGGUCCUCUACAACAAGCAGGAGAAGCAACAACAGCAGGCCCAGGAGCAGUACCAUCAGCACCAGCAGCGACAGCAACAGUUCCUGGACUCUGCGCAGCAACAGCAGCAGCAGCAGCAGCAACAGCAGCAGCAGACACAAGCUCAGGCGGCGGCGCAGCAGGGCACAACGCUCACCCUGGUCUCGCAGUCGCCGCAGUCGGCACAGGGACAGACCAUCUACGUGCAGCAGGCGGCCCCGCCCACGGUCUGCUGCACAAGCAGCAGCGAUCAGUCCGCGGCAGCGGGCCCACAGACCAUCCAGAUACAGGCGCCGGGGCUCAUCUAUGCCAACGGCGUCUACUAUGCACCUGUGAUUCCCAGCACCAUUUGCACGUGCAACUCCACCUGGCUGAGCACGUGAUUGGGGCAGCAGCAGCACAUCCAACAACGCCAGCAUCAGCAUCAGCAUCAGCAUCAUAGGCAGCAACAGCAACAGAAGCAUCAUUGGCCAGAGAAUGCGUUGGGAUCAUCGACAACAACAACAUCAACAACCAUAAGGCUCUUGGCUGAAACUGAACUAACUCCAAAACCCCCACCUCCACCCACAUCUUCAUCGUCCCCAGCCCCAGCCCCACCUCGCAUUCAAAUCCAAGUCCCGAUCAACAGCAAUAAGGGGAACAACGCCACUAUAGAUAAAGAUGGAAGCCCGACCACAACCAUGACAGGUAUUGAGAAAAGCCUCAACGAUCCGGAGGGUACAGCAGCAGGAGCAGACGCAGCAGACGCAGCAGACGCAGCAGACGCGGGAGGAGAAGGUGGAAUCACUGGCAGCCUGGUGGUCACCCCGAAGCAGAUUGAAGGUGUACCCGUCUACAGCCGGGAGGAUUGCAGCAAGGCGGGCACCUACAGCGGACAGUUUGCCUUCUUCUAUCCCCAUGAUGGAUCGCCGCCCAGUAUGCUGCUGCUGGGCGAGAACUCCUAUCUCAAUGUAACCGAGAACCAGGACUAGGAGAAGGAUCUACAGCAGCAUUUUGUUUAAGCGGUAUUUCCGAUUGCUAACGAAUUCCUCUCUGUGCCCCUAUCUGUACGACGACCCACUGUUCCAUUCUACAAUUCGGUGUGUCGAGCUACUGUACACUUUCCACGACACAUCCACCCUCAAAACUCAACAAAAAGAAAGCUCUAUUUUUCAGACUGAAGUCCAGCCGCUGUUAGAUGUUGAUCAGGGCCAACAAACAAAAAAAAUUUAAAAAAAAAAACCAAAAGAAAACGGGCUGAAAAACUCAAAGAAAAAUUCUUAAAUUAUAAACUAUAAAACAGGGUUUUCUGCUCACACACACACAUACACAGACUUUUCUAGGAUGUUUCGUUGUAAAGAAACCAAAACUCAUGUAAUAUCGAAAAAAA